AUGUCUAAAAGAGGAAGAUUAUUUGAGAGAAAGAUGAUGAAAGAGAAAGUUAGCUAUUUUUAUGACGCCUAUCAUAAGAAUCCACUUCCAUGCCCUAAGGGUAUGAUGUUUGGAGGAGACACACAGGACUGAAAAGAGAAAGAUCAGACCCUGAACUGGACUAAGAUAAGCGAAUAUAUAUUCCACCUCAGAGAAGAAAAAAAAGCUGAAGAAGAACGAUUGAAGGAGGAAGAACUAAGGAGAGAAGAAGAGAACAAGGUUAAGAAAAGAAGGGCUAAGUUUGCUACUCAUAAUAGGAAGUCUUCAGGACUUCACAGCUUUAAAAUUCAAUUUAACUCAGGUCUGGAUUCACCAUUAAUGAAAAGGAAAUAAAGACUUUUUGCCUAAUGCUGAUUCUAAGUUUAUUCUCAAUGAUUUCAGACUCCCGUCAGUCAAUGAGGACAAAUUUGGAUGAGAUUCUCCUGUCAGAUUAUCCUCAAAAAAUCUGAGAUUGGAGAGCUCAUUUAAAUUAGAAGUAAAGAAUCCAGAAAGAGAAAAUAAGAAGCCUACCAAUAUCCUCGGAUCAACUGUAGCUGUCAUAUCCAACUCAGUUGAUUCCGAAAGCGAAAAAAGCGGAUCUAUGAACAAAACUAGAGACUUAAACCCAUCGUCUGAGAGCCCGAUGAAGCAUCUUUAUAAAAGGAAAGCUAACUUUAAAGGUAUCGAUCACUUGAAGAGGAUGUAUUCCUUCGUAGAGGAUGUUAAGGAUAAUAAUACUCAGUACUUAGCGAAUACAUCCUAUCGGAAGCAAGGAACAAAAUAUAAAAUGAAGAGUGACCCAAAAGAGAUGUUGAAGGAAAAUCCCCAAAGGGAAGAAAUUGACACAAAAAUUUUCAAUACAUUUGAUAGCAGAGACCAGAAGAGGAUUGUUCAAGAUAAGAAAAUGAUGAUCAAUUAUGUCUCUCACGGGAUAAAAUAAACUAAACGAUAGUCAAGCAACCAAGAUGCAAAAGCUAAUUCAGCAGGCUAAAGACUGGAAACAGAAGUAUGGCAGAAGAUCACUGCAAUCAAGAGAAGUUAGAAUCGGCAACUACCUAAACACCUCAGUUCUACACUCAACUCGUAAAGGACCUGAAAAAUGUCGCCUAGUAUUGAACCAGAGCGACGUAGGAGCGUUAUUGCCAUCUCCUAUCAAGAACUUACGAAAGAGUAGGAGAGACCGGAACAGAAGUAUAUCAUUCACUCAGAACCACAGUCUCGAUACAAAGUUUUGUAAGGCUUCGAGUAGGCCGAAGAGAGGAGUGAAAAAGAUGAGAAAGAUUAAAUUAGCCGUAAGCUAAAGUUAUAGUGAAAUUAUGAAACCA